AUAACUACAUACAUGGAUUAAUCGCAAAAUCAAAAAAUCUAAUUACCAAAAUCAAAUCAAUAUAAGCGUCAAUCCACAAUUGAAUAUCCAAUCGUCUAUCAUUUAUUAAGCACAUAUAUGUUGACAGUUUAGCAGAAUAAAAAACUUAGUAUUAUCAAUUAUUGAUGUAGACAAAAAUGAGAAAUAGAUUAGAUUAGUUGAAAUGGGCAAGAAAUUAGGGUAGAAUGUAAUGGAAUCAUUAGCAUCAACCCAAUUUGAAAAAAUCAAGCUUAAUCCAGAUUAAGGAAAAUAUACAGAUUAUGUCAAAUUCUUUGGUAAAGACUUUUGGUCAUAUAUGUUUGGAUAACCAGUUUCUAAAGUUUAAAUUAAUAAAGCAGGCUCACAUUAUGAUAUUGAAGAUAGGUAUGAAGAAUAGAAGAAAGGAAAUAACACAAUUACAAAGCUUGGUUUUUAGAUGACUCGGAGAAUCAGAUUAAACGAUAAAAUGUAAUAUGUCAUUCAAUUUAGUUAAUAAGAUGAGUAUUUAUCACUCUGGGCAAGCUUUGUUUAAGGCUUAGUAAUAGGAGGAAUGAAGGCACUUACAAUAGAUUGUGACUCUGAAGUUGAAUUUAUCAAUAAUGAAGUAAUUUAAAGAUAUUAAUCGUUUAGCCAAGUGAUUUAAGGUUCACAAUAUAAAUUAGAGAUUUCCUAAGUAGCAGGAGUAACUUCUUGAUUUGA